AUGGAAGGCAACACUCCAUUGUAUGCAGGAUUUAUGAGCAAGUAUAUCGAGGACCCUCUGCCACUUCAACGAAUUUGCUACAUGGAUCCAAUAUCCAGAUCACCCACAAAUAAUGAUGUCGUGAGGGAGACGAUUAUUCGUACCAUGAACGUUGCGAACGAAACGGGCCAAGAAUAUGCAGUAGUCACUUAUGAUUUGCAGGUUGCCUUGAAAGCCUACUCUAUUCAGGCGAUCGAAACUCCCAUGUUUGACAAGCUGUUGGUAAUGUUGGGCCAUUUCCACGUCGAGUUGGCGUUCUACGGAGCGGUUGGUACAUUUAUAAAUGACAGUGGAAUCGAAUAUAUACUUACCGAAGCCAACAUCUUGGCAGAAGGUUCAAUGAUGGGGAUUAUCAAGGGAAAGUUCUAUAACAGAUGCACACGAAUCCACGAAUUACUUGCUAAUGUCUUGGAGCAGAAGUUGUACGAACGCUUUGUCUUUGAAACACCUGAAGUAGACCACGAUUUGUUCCAACAAGUGAUGUCCACAGUACCAGUGGAUUCCGGAAGAGCAUUGGAACACCUAACGGAUCCAGUUGUGACCGCUCACCUGCAGAAAUACGAGGAAUUCUUCCAGAAGGUUCUCGACGGACAGCUCGGGUCAACAGCUCAGUUCUGGGCCAUUUACAUCUUUAUGAUCAAUCGCCUCCACAGAGAGCUGCAGAGAUGCGUUAAGAUGAACGAAGUUGGUGGCUACAUUAAGAUAUUCCCAACACUGUUGGUGGUAUACUUCGCCCUGAACCGACCAAACUACGCGAGAUGGGGAACAUUUUUUUUGCAUAAGUUGAAGAGUGCAGACCCAGAGCUGCGUGAAGUAUUGGAGAAUGGUGCGUUUUCCAUAAGACGCACAAAGAAGAACUACAGCAGAUCUGCUGUCGACCUUUCCUUGGAGCAAACAGUGAAUCGGGAUUCAGCAUCCAAAAUGAAGGGAAUAGUGUCCUUCCGAAACUCCGAGAGCGCAAUGAGACGUUGGUCAUUGAGUAUGACACAGCGAGCUACGGCAGUCACCGAACUAAGUGCAUUAGUUGGACUUGAACAGGGGGAAACUGCGACUUCCCAUUGCCGUCCUUCAAGAAUCAGGAAGGAUAACAAUCAGAUGGCAGAAUUGAGUGCAAAAAUUGACGAAUUUUGCAAUCCAUUUGGAGAUGAUGCCCCAACGGCUUUAGUAAACGUUGCAACUGGUCAAAUAGCAUCAAAGGUUACUGAAUCCUAUCUAAUCAAUGCGCUUCAACGGGGUCAAGAAGAACGAGAUAAAUUCCAAGACGAGUGGAACAGAAACAGCCAUCGAUUUCUUGAGCCUGUGGAGCGUACGCGCAUACAGAACUUUGCUGCUCAAAACGUGAAGAAAAAGCUACCAGCCUCGCAGAAAGCCAAGGCAAACGCGGAGAGCUUGAGAGAUAUGUUUGCACGUAUGUUGGUAGUCGCUUCAGACAAGACCGAAUUAGACCUUCGGAAGAUCAUCUCCUACCCAAUUACGACCUACCCUCUGUCACUUGCACACUGUGAUGGGACGCAUAUGAAAACCGAGAAAUCAGCAUUGCUAAGAAAGCUAGAGUCCUUUCAGACGGAAACGAUCACAGAAACCCAGUUGCCAAUGAGUUAUGCACAAAUCUAUGAUGGAGGACUUCUUCCUCAUUCCGUACUCUCGCUAACAGCUGUGGGUGCAUCGUAUGCUUCAAUUGCUCGAACCAUGCUGUCAUUGGUAUGUUCAGGGAGGGCUCACGAAGUAAAUGUUUGCUUUGAUAAGUACGUGGAGAACUCCAUAAAGGACAGUAAGAGAAGACAGCGUGGUGCAGUUGACACAGCAUACACAAUAACCGGUCCAGACCAGAAGAUCAGGUUAAGCGGAAAGAAGCUUCUCACGAAUGGAACAUUCAAGAACGAACUCGCAAAGUUUCUCUUGAAGGAGUGGAAGAAAACUAACUACCAGCAAACAUUUGGAGGAAAGACGUUGUUUGUAUCAAACGGAGGCGAGUGUUUACAGUACGUACCAGACGAGCAGCAAGGUAUUACUGUUAGCAGACCAUCAUACCUACAAGGCGAUCAUGAAGAAGCAGAUACGCUGAUUGCCUUCCAUGUGGCAAAUGUUUCUGAAGCCGAAAAUGUUGUUGUGAGGGCAUCCGACACUGAUGUCUUAGUGAUUCUCAUUGGUGCGAUUGGGCGGCAGAAUGAAGAAGACAUCUCUUUACCUGACAUCAUAAUGGAUUGUGGCAUGGGAAACAGUCGGGGGUAUAUUAACGUGACCAACAUUGCAGAAAUCCUUGAAGAACACAAACCUGGUCUUGCUAGCGCACUGCCCGGAUAUCAUGCUUUUACUGGAUGUGAUUUUACGUCAGCUUUUUAUAGGUAAGCACCUAAAUUAUUGGUUAUUUCACUUUUGGUAAAAUAUCUGUUAAAUAUUAUUUAUUUAUUUAGCUUUGCCAACUAGGGCAGGGUCACCACAACAGCAUACGCCAAUUACUGUGGGCCCUUUUUUACCUAACCCACCCUGUCAACUUUCCCUGUGGGAGGAAACCGGAGUACCCGGGGAAAACCCACGGCUUUCGGCAGAGCGUUGACUUUUUACUCUUUUCGCAUGGGGACUGGGUUCGGGUCGCACUGAGAAGGUACUUAGUGAGACUCGAACCUGCAGCCUCAGAGGUGAAAGGCAAGUGCGCUAACCACUUGGCCACCG